CUGGCACAUAAGGAGAGUUAAAAGAAAUAGUGCCACACAAUGAACAAGCAAACCGCGGGAAUAUCAGAGGUGUUAUCAGCGCGUUUCUGUGAUUUUGAAAGGAGUAACCUAUAACAACGCGUUCUCAUGAUUUAAUUCGCAUGCCAGCCUAUGCUGUACUGUGUAAGGAUUGGAUAGGUUGCAUCUGUGUAUUAUUUUUUAAAACCGGCUCUGGUGCAGUCUUAUGCAAUGCAAACGUUAAACAAUCUAACAACCAUUGAUCAUGCGUGAUACGGCACGGCAACUGCUCAGGUAUGGGAAAUGCGCUCGAUGUGAUUAUUUGUUUUCUAUAUGAUUUUCAAGAUCCGCGGACAUCGGCGCAGUGCUUGUGUAAUAAACCCUUACUACCAGUAGGGGUGGAAAGGAACUGCAUGGAACAAUGCGGGUAGCUAGCUGUCACAACCUUUUUCCCAGUAUGGUGCGGUAGAGACUGUUAUUUUGCGCAUGUGUAAGGCAGACAACGUGAAAGAAAAAUACAAUAAUUGUUUUCAAUAAAUGCAUAAAUACAGUCCUCACAGGGUUUCCGAGGCCCACUAAUUAUAUAGUCAAGGUGCUCUGCAGAGCCCCAUUGAAAUGCCCACCGGUGCCCAACCAGUGCCCAACCAGCACUGAAUCAAACUCCAUCAGUCUCUUGCUGUCCUUCAUCCUCUUUUCAAAUGGGUCCCACAGGUAGCUUAUCUUUCCUUGGUUAAAAAGGAAUCCCAUUUGGGGGUAUCCACAUGGCCAAUGACAAGUGCGCUAGGCGCGCUCACUAGCUCACAUGUAAAUGACACCAAAUAGCAGACUCCCUACCGCAAUCGAAAAGAAGACAGACAUUACCUUCCGACUCUUUAAAUAUCAAAAACAUUGGCUCAUCAAAUUAUAUCAGACCAAUAUUCGGCAGGCUAUUUGUGCUGAUGAUCUUAUAACAAGACACGAGCCGGAGACACGCAUGAAAACCCAUGACUAAGCUCCCCAAAUUUCCCAGAAAGGGGACGCAACCUAAUAACCCCUCCAAUGCGAAAUGCUUAUUACGCAUCGAAAUAUAUAUAAAUACGGGGACUCCUGCAACAUCUCUUCAAGGAUUGUGCUCCUUGGAUCCCGGGCGCUGGCGACUUUAAUGGCUUCUGUGUUCAGAAGAUGGAGAGUGUUCUUGGUGCUCAACGUGAUUGUGGUCGCAGGGUUCAUGGCCUUUUGGGCCAGGUGCAACACAAGCAGUGUCAAAGGCACCGGUCAGGACCUGUUAGGUGAAGGGAAGAGGCAGUCACGAACCAACAGCACAGCUCAAGGCUCCAUCACCCAUGAGGUGCUGCUGAAGAGACUGGGGUCAUUGGAGGACGUGGUCUACAGACAGCUCAAUGGUCUGUCUAAGUCACUAGGCCUCACCGAGGGCUUUGGGGGGCGAGGGAAGGCAGGCCUACCUGCCACCCUGUCGCCAGAGGAGCAGAGCAAUGCCAAAGUCUUGAGAGAAAAGUAUGGCUACAACGCCUACCUGAGUGAUAAAAUCUCCCUGGACAGGAGCAUUCCCGACUACCGCCCCAACAAGUGUAAGAGGGCAGUCUACCCAAGGGACCUCCCCACAAUCUCCCUCGUUUUCAUCUUCAUCAAUGAGGCCCUGUCAGUGAUCCUGCGCUCUGUCCACUCAGCGGUCAAUCACACACCAGCCCACCUGCUUAAGGAGAUCAUCCUUGUCGACGACAACAGUGAUGAUGAGCAACUGAAAGGCCCACUGGAAGACUACGUGAACAAGCGUUACCCAGGCCUUGUGAAAAUCGUGAGGAACCAGAGGAGGGAGGGGCUUAUCCGUGCACGUAUCGAGGGCUGGAAGGUUGCCAGUGGCGAGGUGGUUGGGUUUUUUGAUGCUCACGUUGAGUUUACACCCACCUGGGUUGAGCCGGUUUUGACCAGAAUCAAAGACGACCACAGGAGGAUAAUUCUGCCCUCCAUCGAUAACAUCAAGCAUGAAACGUUUGAGCUGGAACGCUAUGAGAACUCUGGCCACGGUUAUAACUGGGAGCUGUGGUGCAUGUACAUCUCCCCACCCAGGAAGUGGUGGGACGAUGGGGACACCUCUGCUCCAAUUAGGACUCCUGCAAUGAUUGGCUGUUCCUUCGUGGCCAACCGGGAGUACUUUGGGGAGCUGGGGCUGCUGGACUCUGGCAUGGACGUCUACGGAGGGGAGAAUAUAGAACUGGGGAUCAGGGUGUGGCUUUGUGGGGGCAGCAUGGAGGUGCUUCCCUGCUCCAGAGUGGCUCACAUUGCCAGGACCAAGAAGCCCUACGUCACCAACCUCGCCCUCCACACACGCCGCAAUGCCCUACGUGUGGCCGAGGUCUGGAUGGAUGACUUCAAGUCCAAUGUCUACAUGGCCUGGAACAUACCUAUGGAGAAUCAUGGGAUUGACAUUGGAGACAUCUCAGAGAGGGUAGAGUUAAGGAACAGGCUGCAUUGUAAAACAUUUAAGUGGUACCUGGACAAUGUCUACCCAGAGAUGAGGAGGUACAACAACACUCUCUACUACGGUGUGAUUCGUAAUGUCAAUGUGACUCAUCUGUGUUUGGACCAGGGAGAGAAAGAGAAUCACACAGCCAUUCUGCAUCCCUGUCAUGGACAGGGGCCUCAGUUGGGGCGUUACACUAAGACUGGUGAGUUCUACCUGGGUGCCUUGGGCAGCACAGGAGAGGAGACACGCUGUCUGAUGGAUGAUAAGGUCAGCAGUUUCCCUCAACUCGUCAAAUGUGAAAGCGUCUUUGACUCCAAGCAGACUACCUGGCUCUUUACUCAGAAUGAGCCAAUCAGGAACAGAGCCACUGGUCGUUGUCUGGAGGUAGUGAAGGCGAAAGUCUACUUUGGGUACCUGCUGGUUCUUCAGACCUGCUCCGGCCAGAAGUGGACCAUAAAGAACACAGUGAAACACAGCCACACCUGACUAACUCACCUGUCAUUUGAGACCAAUAAAACAUUAGAUAGUGAAAUAACUUGCAAUAAAUAACAUUAUUGAAUAAUUGCAAUAUAAUUUUUUAAAUUUAAUUUAAUUAAUUAAUAAUCGGCGAUCUUGGGGUCACAUGGGGCUUGGUGUUUGGUGUACAUGAUAGACAUACACACCAACACCCAGGAGACCUUGUGCAUGUGUUCACCCAUCAUCAAAGAUGGGCAAACACUGAUCAAUACAGCCUCUCGGGCCCACUCAGAACUCCUUUAAAAAACCCUAUUAUAGUAAAUGGUUUGGUUUGAAACCUGAUGAAGUGGCUGGAGGAUUGUCAUUAGUUAUUAUUGUUACUAUUUAUUAUUAUUCAUUAUUAUUAUUUGUUACACUCUUUUUUUUCUCACUUGUUUUUUAAGGCAUAUCUGAUACUGACUACAUUGUCAGAUUUUAUUGCAUUCUUAGUAUAAAACAAUUGCAUUAUUAUGACGUUAUAACAUUUUCAAGUGUCAUCUUCGGCUGAAAGUUGUCAUCUAUACACUGUCUAGCUUUUUUGAUGGGAUGUCCAUUGACAUAUGAUGUCACCUCCAUACUGUAAGGAGACGCUGCACUGCCUACUGUACAUCCCUACUGUAGGCACUGGGAGUAAUGUAAAUGUUACAACUAAGCUCUCAGUUGCUUUAGGUUACAAGCAUUGUAUGAAAUUAUUUAAAUUCCAAAAUGUGCCAUUUGCCUGCUGCUACUGUGUGUAAGUGGCCAACCUCUUCAAUAAUGCCCUGGGUAUUGAGGAAGCUAAUGAAAUUGAGACUUGAAAUCACAAACUUAAUAUAAUUUAAUUUAAGUGGAAAUGUAUUUUAUUAAUUUAUAGAUGAUUAAUGAAAUAGAAUUACAGGUUGGCAUAGUUUCAUAAGAAGUCGACUGCAUUUUUAUUUGUGGUGAAUUUGUAUGGUUUGUACUUUUUUAUUUAUGUUUUAAACAAGGGUAAAUAAUUUGAAGCAUCCUUAAAAGUAUUUAUGUAGCACCAGACCCAAGUUUAGUAGCAUGACCUGAAAUGUAACAACUUUUCAGGGUUUUAAAUGUUUAGACAUGUAUUUUUCCUCAACUGAUUUACAAUGAUAAAAUGUUAACAUACUGUUAAUAAUAACAUAAACUAACAGCACAGCAAACUUGAAGCACUUUUUACACAUUCAUACGGAAUUGCAGGCCAUGUAUGUGGAUGGAAAACGCACAAAUGUAUGGGUCAAUGCUUUUUGUAUUGAAUUGUAUCAGAUCAUAUAUUCAUAUUUAUCUGUUGUCAUUUGGAUUUUUUCAGAUGGUCUUCCAAUAAACUGCUGGA